AUGGCUGAAGGUGUUUUCCAAGGUGCUAUUGGUAUCGAUUUAGGUACUACUUACUCCUGUGUUGCUACUUAUGAAUCUUCUGUUGAAAUUAUUGCUAACGAACAAGGUAACAGAGUUACUCCAUCUUUCGUUGCUUUCACUCCAGAAGAAAGAUUGAUUGGUGAUGCUGCUAAGAACCAAGCUGCUUUGAACCCAAAGAACACUGUCUUCGAUGCUAAGCGUUUGAUCGGUAGAAGAUUCGACGAAGAAGCUGUCCAAGAAGAUAUGAAGACUUGGCCAUUUAAGGUCAUUGACGCUCAAGGUGCUCCAAUGAUCGAAGUUGAAUACUUGGGUGAAACUAAAACUUUCUCCCCACAAGAAAUUUCCUCCAUGGUCUUGACCAAGAUGAAGGAAAUUGCUGAAGCUAAGAUCGGUAAGAAGGUCGAAAAGGCUGUCAUCACUGUCCCAGCUUAUUUCAACGAUGCUCAAAGACAAGCUACCAAGGAUGCUGGUGCCAUCUCUGGUUUGAACGUUUUGCGUAUCAUUAACGAACCAACUGCCGCUGCCAUUGCUUACGGUUUAGGUGCUGGUAAGUCUGAAAAAGAAAGACACGUCUUGAUCUUCGAUUUAGGUGGUGGUACUUUCGAUGUCUCCUUGUUGCACAUCGCUGGUGGUGUCUUCACCGUCAAAUCUACCUCCGGUAACACUCACUUGGGUGGUCAAGAUUUCGACACUAACAUGUUGGAACACUUCAAGGCUGAAUUCAAGAAGAAGACUGGUUUGGAUAUCUCCGGUGACGCCAGAGCUUUGAGAAGAUUGAGAACUGCUGCUGAAAGAGCUAAGAGAACUUUGUCUUCUGUCACUCAAACCACCGUUGAAGUCGACUCCUUGUUCGAAGGUGAAGAUUUCGAAGCUUCUAUCACCAGAGCCAGAUUCGAAGACUUAAACGCUGCUUUGUUCAAAUCUACUUUGACCCCAGUUGAACAAGUCUUGAAGGAUGCUAAGAUCGCCAAGUCUCAAAUCGAUGAAGUUGUCUUGGUCGGUGGUUCUACCAGAAUUCCAAAGGUCCAAAAAUUAUUGUCUGACUUCUUCGACGGUAAGCAAUUGGAAAAAUCCAUUAAUCCAGAUGAAGCUGUUGCUUACGGUGCUGCUGUUCAAGGUGCUAUCUUGACCGGUCAAUCUACUUCCGAUGAAACCAAGGACUUGUUGUUGUUGGAUGUUGCUCCAUUAUCCUUAGGUGUUGGUAUGCAAGGUGACAUCUUCGGUAUCGUCGUUCCAAGAAACACUACCGUCCCAACCAUCAAGAGAAGAACUUUCACCACUGUUGGUGACAACCAAACUACCGUUCAAUUCCCAGUCUACCAAGGUGAACGUGUCAACUGUAAAGAAAACACUUUGUUGGGUGAAUUCGACUUGAAGAACAUCCCACCAAUGCCAGCUGGUGAACCAGUCUUGGAAGCUAUCUUCGAAGUUGAUGCUAACGGUAUCUUGAAGGUUACUGCCGUCGAAAAGUCUACUGGUAAGUCCGCUAACAUUACUAUCUCCAACGCUGUCGGUAGAUUGUCCUCUGACGAUAUCGAAAAGAUGGUCAACCAAGCUGAAGAAUUCAAGGCUGCUGACGAAGCUUUCGCCAAGAGACACGAAGCUAGACAAAGAUUGGAAUCUUACGUUGCUUCUAUCGAACAAACUGUCACUGACCCAGUCUUGUCCUCUAAGAUGAAGAGAGGUUCUAAGUCCAAGAUUGAAGCUGCUCUAUCAGAAGCUAUGGCUGCUUUAGAAAUCGAAGACUCUUCCGCUGAAGACUUGAGAAAGGCUGAAGUCGGUUUGAAGAGAGUUGUUACCAAGGCUAUGUCUUCUCGCUAA